UCAGCCCGUCGGUGCGCAGGGUCAGGGGUCAGCCCGCAAAGAUGGCGGCGACGGUGACCUUCUGCCGGCUGCUGGGCCGGAGCGGUCCGGCGGCACUGAGCCUGCCCCGUGGCGCCAGGUGUCUAGGGGUGCGGACUUCACCGACCGGGGAGAAGAUUACGCACACCGGCCAGGCUUAUGAUGAUAAAGACUACAGGAAAAUCCGAUUUGUAGGUCGCCAGAAAGAGGUGAAUGAAAACUUUGCCAUCGAUUUGAUAGCUGAGCAGCCCGUGAGUGGAGCUGACAGUCGGGUGGUCGCGUGUGACGGCGGCGGGGGGGCUCUUGGCCACCCGAAAGUGUACAUAAACCUGGACAAGGAAACCAAAACUGGGACGUGCGGCUACUGUGGACUGCAGUUCAGACAGCAGCAUCACCAUUAGCGUGGCCAAGCUGUGCACGCGCGGGCGUCUCCGCCUUAACACGCAGCAGCCAAGAGCCCGGUGCCGUCACGGGGCGCCGCCGGCUGAAUAAAGGGCGUUGUGACCCAGGA